UAUCUGCUUCUUUUUAUUUUUCCUGACUUUUAUGACUAGGAUUUGACUGGAUCUUGAUCUGCAAUUUCAGGAUAUAUAGCACAUCAUGGGCGCAACUCCCUCGGCGUCAGCAAGUGAUUGCCCACCGGAAAAGAGCUCGCCGGCAAGUAAUACCUCCAGAAGACAAGAUGAUCUGAUGGCAGAUUCCAACAGAAGCAAGCAAACUUCCAUUGAGACUGAAGAUGUGGAAGAAAUUGCAUCUUCGAUUCAAGGAAAGCUUUUCGAAACGUCUCCACCACCAUCUCAGCGUUCCAUAUUUAGAGUUCCAAAUAGACUACGCAGGCAUAAUGAGAAGGCUUUCGUGCCACAACUAGUUUCAAUCGGUCCAUUUCACUUCGAGAACAAGGAGCUAAAAGGAAUGGAAAAAAUCAAGCUAUGGUAUUUAAAAUGCCUCCUCAAUCGAGCACCAGCUGAGGAAACAAUUAGCUUGGUUUGCUUGGUAAAAGCCGUCGCGCUCGGAAGUACUGAGCAGGAUUGUCGCAAGUGUUAUGCAGAAGAGGUCGAUGUUCCAAGAAAGAAAUUCAUAGAGAUGAUGAUCCUCGAUGGUUGCUUUAUCCUCGAAUUCCUCUGCAGGUAUCAAAAGGACCUGAUGGCAAUUAAAGGAGAGGAAGAUCUCGUGCCUAAUACGUCAUGGAUGCCCAGAAAAAUAUUAGCCGAUUUGCUUCUGCUUGAGAAUCAAAUUCCUUGGUGCGUGCUCGACUGUUUGUUCAACCUCAUGCCCUACUUGAAAACUGAAUCGUGCUCCCGACUUGAUGAUCUGGUUUCCUCUCCUUUUUCCAAGUAUGGAAUGUUUCCUCCCUCGGCGCGCAGUAGUACUCAAAAUCACAAGCAUUUACUCGAUUGCUUCCGAAACUGUUUAGUUGGUUCAUGCACUAUAACACGGCCUAAUUGCUUAGUUCCCUUAAAGCGGAUCCCAAUUCGGUCUGUGACACAGCUUUGCGAGAAAGGAUUUAGAUUUAUCGCUGAAGACGGAGAAAACAUCCUCAAUAUAAAGCUCGAAGAUAACAUAAUCAAGAUGCCAGCAUUAGUUAUAGAGGAGAACACAGAAUCUAUGUUUAGAAACCUCAUUGCAUAUGAGCAUUGUGAUCCUAGUAAGGGCCACGAAAUCACCUCUUACGCUGCGCUCUUGUAUUGCCUGAUCAAGUCUCCCACAGAUGCACUUUAUCUCAUAGAGAGAGACAUUAUACAAAUUGGUUUGAGCAAUGAGGACAUAGCAAGUUUCUUAAACAGGCUUUAUAAUGAUAUCGGUUGCCGUGGUUUUCUCUACACAGACCUCUGCGAACGUGUGAACAGACCAGCACCAGUAAUCUCGUUGCCAACAGUCCAACUAGGCAUACAUGCAGUACGAGUCCGGUACUGAUGAACUGUUCAUCUGAAGCCCUUGACUCCCGUUACAUAAAAAUAAAAACAGUACCUCGGUUGUCACAACUUGAAUUGGAUAAAACGAAUAUGAUCGAGGCACGAUUAUUUUGGAGAUCCAAAGAUGUUCUUUAGUCCAUCUAUGUCUUUCCUUGCUACAAACCGUCAUUUAUUCUGCCCUGAUCUGCUACUUUACAUGAUGCGGCUGCGAGCUAGCUCAUGUCAAGUAAUUAUGUUUAUGAUCUAAGUGUGUAUUUCUUUCAACAACUAUGUUUUAGUAAGUGUGGAUACUUCUGAUCUUUCAUGUUA